AUGGUUAUCGGAAAUAUUUGUGGGAAUUUGUUGGAGGUUAAAGUUGCUUGUUUGCCUUUAGCUGCUUCUUUUCUGUUGUUCUUCAAGAAGCAUAAAAAUAUGCGUCAGUAUUUUUAUCCUUUUGUGAAUGAAGACAUCAUGUGGGAAAAACAGCUUCAUAAAAAUAAUAAAAGAAUGAAAAAGAUUCGAAAUGAAAAUGAAAACCCGUCCACGAGAUGUUCAAUUGGAGAUUUAAAACAAACUUAA